GCAUCGCCGGGUUUUCCUCUUCCUCCCCCCGUGAAAUGUGCAUUUACUCGCUAUUUUUGCUUUUUCUGCAAACCCUAAACAAUCUUUCUCUCUCCCCAUUUUCCUUCGGUUUCCUUCGUUUUCUCACUAUCCAAACAGCCCCCCUUCCUUGAUCUGUGCUCUCCAUGUCUUUCUUUAUUCCUUUCUAGAUUGCAUUACAAGCUGAGAAAUCCUUUGCCAUUUUUACUUCUCUUUCCUUGCUCCCAAACAUACCCUUUUACCUCCUUCGCCAAACCCAAUCCUCUCCCAUCAAAGCGGAGGUGGUGGAGAGGAAGAAGAAGAAAAAAGUUUCAAACUUUGACUCUUCUUCUCGAAGAAAAAGUCUCCGACUUUACCCUAAUUCGAAAAGUUUCCAGCUUUUUCUCCGAAUUCAAACACUUUCCGGGCGAGAAAUCCAUCGAAAACCCAGAAGGGUCCUCGCGAAAAAAGCUGGAUGGGGGCGGUGACAUCAUCAAUGGCGGCCAAGUUUGCGUUUUUCCCGCCGAAUCCGCCGUCGUACGGAGUGGAAACGGACGAUGUAACAGGGAGGCUGAGGAUGACGGGUGUGGAGAACGUGAAGGAGAACGUGGAGGUCCUGAGGCUGAACACCAAGAGAGGUAAUCAGGUGGUGGCGGCGUAUAUUAAGAACCCUGCAGCUUCGCUCACACUUCUAUAUUCUCAUGGAAACGCCGCCGAUCUCGGUCAGAUGUUCGAGCUCUUCUCAGAGCUCAGCCACCAUCUUCAUGUCAACUUGAUGGGGUAUGAUUAUUCGGGGUAUGGCAGAUCUUCCGGGAAGCCAAGUGAGCAAAACACGUAUAGCGAUAUAGAAGCCGUGUACAGAUGUCUGGAGGAGAAAUACGGUGUCAAGGAGCAAGAUGUAAUAUUAUACGGGCAGUCCGUUGGGAGCGGACCGACGCUAGAUCUGGCGACCCGGUUACCAAAUCUGAGGGCAGUUGUUCUCCACAGCCCCAUCAUGUCUGGUCUCAGAGUCAUGUACCCUGUGAAGAGAACUUACUGGUUUGACAUUUACAAGAAUAUCGAUAAGAUACCCUUCGUCAAAUGUCCGGUUCUGGUCAUCCAUGGAACUUCGGAUGACGUGGUGGAUUGGACUCAUGGGAAGCAACUGUUUGAUAACUGUAAAGAGAAGUACGAGCCGCUCUGGAUCAAAGGAGGGAACCACUGUGACUUAGAGCUUUACCCGCAAUACAUAAAGCAUCUAAAGAAGUUCGUAACGGCCAUAGAGAAAACGCCUAACGUGAGAAAUGGGUCUGCUCCUCCUCCGGGCAGUGAGAAACCGAGGAGCAGCACUGAUUUCAGGGAGCCAGCGAGGCAGAGCAUGGAUCAAAGGGAGAAAUCAAGAACAAGCACUGAUCAAAGGGAGAUACCGAGGCUGAGCACAGAGGUUAACAAUGUCCAGCAAAAGGAGAAAGCGAGGGCAAGUGUCGAUAAGAGGGAGAGAACGAGGAAGAGCGUAGACCGGGGCGAGAAAACGGGUAAUCCUACGGAACAGCAGCAGCAGCAGCAGCAGCAGCCGGAGAAGGCAAGGAAUAGCAUCGACAGGUUUGGUGGGAUGUUUAGAUCGGUAGGGUUAUGCAAUAUCGAUUGUUUCAAGCCAACUGCUACUGCCAAGUAGAUGAAAGCCUGAAGAACUCUCCAAACAAAAAACACACUAAUCAAGAACACGUUUAUGUAAUUUGGAUCAAUCUCCUUUUUUUGGGUGUUCUCUUUUUACA